CGGUUUGGUUCAGUUGUGCAGUUUGCCCGCGAUCGUACACGCGAAUUACCUCCUGCCGAUUUCAAUAUACGAGUACACCAAAAAAAGUGUGCAGCAAAUGUGUGCAACACAACUGAAUAAAAUAUUACCAUCAAAAUUCGUGGAUUUCGUGUUUAAAAAUCAAAUUGUGCGCAAAUGUGAAUUUUAAUCCAACGUUAAAAUAAAAUAAAAUAACAUCAAAAUGAUUCAUAAAUGCAUACCUGUCAUGCUAUUCCUCGCGAUUUGUUUGGUUUUCGUCACAAUGGCGGACACUGAAACAAAUCCACAGGUUACAAUCGAUCAAGGAACAUUACGUGGACAGUAUAAGAUGUCAAGAGCUGGAAAGCAGUUUGCUAGUUUCACGAAAAUCCCGUUUGCGAAACCACCUGUGGGCGAUCUGCGAUUUAAGUCACCGGAGCCUGCCGAGGGUUGGACGGGUGUUUAUGAUGCCACCCAAAAAGUACCGAAAUGUAUACAGAAAGAUUAUCUGUCAUACACCAAACCGGAAGUUGAAGGCGUCGAGGACUGUUUGUUUAUAAAUGUAUUCACACCAAAAACUGCUUUGGAAAGUAAAAAGAAAGACAAAUUACUUCCGGUUAUGGUUUUUAUUCAUUAUGGAGGAAAUUUUGCGGGGACAUCACAACCAGAACGUUCAGGACCUGAAUUUUUCAUGGAUAGACAAGUGCUUAUGGUUUCUUUUAAUUACCGAUUAGGAAUUUUCGGAUUCUUCAGUACUUUAAACGAUGAUUCCCCUGGUAAUUACGCAGCAAAAGAUCAAGUCCUCGCAUUAAAAUGGGUACAAGCUAACAUCGAACACUUUGGAGGCGAUAAAAACCAAGUUACCAUUUUUGGCCAAAGCGCAGGCGCAGGAGCAACACAUCACUUAAUGUUAAGUCCAUCAGGAAAAGGACUUUUCCAGCGAGUGAUCAGUGAAAGUGGAACUGCGAUGUGCCUCUGGGCAAAACCACUAAACAUGCUUCAAAAAUUAAUCUAUCCAGCAACAGGACAAAUUCUAGGAUGUGAUCCUUCAAAUACAACAUCCUUGGUGCAAUGCAUGCGUGAAAUCGACGCUAAAGUAUUAUUAAACUCAGAUAUUCAUUUAAAACAUUUUUAUCGUGAUCCAUUGGUUAUCUACACAUACGUAACCGAAACCCGUACCGAAAAGAACCCGGAACCGUUCUUGGAACGUGAUCCCGCUGAAAUUAUCAUGAGUGGCGAUUUUCAAAAGGUACCAUGGAUUCUAGGCACAGUUGAAAAUGAAGGUGCGCUCAAAGCAGGUCCUAAUUUCAUUUCCAAAAACAUUCGUGAAGAAUACACCGCACGGUUUGACGAAUUGGGUUUGAAAGAUAUGUUGUUGGAUGCCAGUGUGCUACCGGAUCAAAUUCAAGCAUUUUGGAUGAAAAUGAAACAAUUUUAUUUGAAUUCGGAAAUCUUUGACUUUGAGGAUGAACAUAGCAUCGAGGGAUUUACAAAUAUGUAUGGUGAUAGAUGGUUUAGUUACGGUAUUUAUCAAGCUGCUCUGUUGCAUUCGAUGCAAAACCACAACAAUAUUUGGUUUUACAAUUUUAAUUUCACCGGAAGUGUCAGUUUUGCCAAUUCAGUAUUUGUUCGUGACACAGAAGACACGUUAGAUUAUAAUUUCGGUGUUUCACACUGUGACGAACUUCUGUACUUAUUUAAUUCGCCGGAAUUAUUCCCGGAAUACAAGAUGACGCCAACCGAAUUACAACUGAGCAAGAUUAUGAUUACUUUAUGGACCAAUUUUGCCAUUACCGGAAAACCACAUCAACAGUGGCAGCCAUUACCAAACAUUUGUGACCCCCAAGCAACAAAUAAAGAUUUGCAUUAUCUGGAUAUCAGAGGCCCUGAUAAUUUAGUCCUGCGAAAUGAUUAUCGUCGCAGUCGGAUGGAGUUCUGGACUAAUUCGGGUGUCUUUCAAAAUGUGCCUGGCAUACAAUGACAAUUACUAAUUAGUACUAUGUGUACUUUUAUACACUUAACCUUUUUUUCUACUUAAUUACAUUACCAAUUACUUAAUUAAUGCUUAGUUGCAGUUAAAUGAUUAAAAAACUUAGUUUAAUCGUUCUGUUCAUGAUAUAUGUACGCUUAUUAAUUAAAUAAUAAAAUUUUGGCUAAAAAAA